GGCAUAAUCACAACUCUCUCAAAUCUCAUCUCUGUAAAGAGUGUAUAUGUAUAUCCCCUACGUUAAGUCAAAUGUCUAAUACAAACCUUCCUUUCUCUGCAAAACAAUAUAGAGAAUGACUCCUAUCCAAAUACAUCUGCUUCCUUCUUUCCCAUGUUUGUUGUCCUGAAAACCACUCCUACCAACAACAUUUCUUUCUCUAUAACAUUCAUAAAUCUCAAUCUAGCCACUACCUUCUGCAAUGCCCUUAAGCAAGACAAAUAAGCUUUUUAAAACAGUUCUCGGUGCAGGCUGCUCCUGCGCCAGGCCAAAACCUUCAGAUGUUCAUGAACCCAAAACCACCAUUUCUCUCAAGGAUCCAAACCCUUCUUCUUCUUUAAGCUCUUAUGAUAAAAAUGGAGUCUUCUCAAUAGGCGAUGGAGAAAGUUGCACUUCCAUUACCGCUACAAUAGACAGCGGCAUUCUUCCACAACUCAACUCCGAAUCUGAUGAUACCAAUCCAAAAAGGUCGAACAAAAUCACCAACAGCAUCGCUGUGGUGAAAGAUUCUAAUGACCCAUAUCAAGAUUUCAAGCAUUCCAUGUUGCAAAUGAUCUUUGAGAAGGAAAUAUACUCCGCAGAUGACCUUCAGGAGCUUCUGAACUGUUUUCUAAAGCUGAAUUCUCCGCGUCACCAUGGUCUAAUCGUUCAAGCUUUCACUGAGAUCUGGAAUGAUGUCAUCUCUAAAAAGCUGAUGGAUCCACAGAAACCUAGUGUUCCAGGAGAAUAACACGACUCGUAGCUGUGCCUAGUAUUCGUAGCCAUUGAUUUCAAUGGUAAUUAGUCGAGAUUGGAGAAACAAGCACACAGAAACGAUCCAUGCCGUGGGUGGAGAAUUACACAUGUAAUCCAUUAAUCUAAUUAUUUUCCUUCUUUAAUGUAAAACAGUGGUUUUGACAGGCAAAACUACUUACUAUCGGUGAAGACAAAAUCUGAUAUAAGAUGUAUCGGUGGAUGGUUACACUAUAUACCCACCAUAUAUUCUAUUCAUAAAUAAUUCACAUAUUUUUUUUAA